AUUCCCUGUUCUUUCUUAUUCGAACAAGAUCUCAAUAAUACGAGAAAGAGAUCGAAAGAAUUAUAGGAGGAAGAGGGAUUCAAUCCAAAUCGUUGUAUCGGAAGAAGAAAAGAUUCAAGCUAACGAUCGCCAUUGCAAGAUUUUCCCGCCGCAUUGAUCAGAACGUGUUUUACCUUUUCGGCAUCAAAUGCCGGUUUUUAAUUUCCCGGCGAAGGGCAUCACCGAUGUUGAUCAGUAGGAGCUUUUCCGGCGAUUUGGAAGCAUGUUUCGUCGGUUUUAGGCUUAGAGAGGAAGCGGAAGGAACCGCGCGGGGAAUCAAGACGAGGGAAGCUGAAGAGCUGGAGACAGGCAGGCUGCUAAGAUGCAGAUUCGGUUUUCGCCGAGCAUGAGAAGCAUUAAUAUAUCGACGAGCAGUAAUGGGUUUCUUGAUUUGAUGAAGGUGAAGGUCGCAGCUCGUCAUAUCUCAUACAGGACCUUAUUUCACACCGUCCUCGUCCUUGCUUUCCUUUUACCCUUCGUCUUCAUCCUCACAGCCGUCGUCACCCUCGAAGGCGUCAAUAAGUGCUCGUCGUUUGAUUGUUUGGGAAGGCGGUUGGGUCCAAGAUUUCUUGGCAAGGGCGUUGAUGAUUCAGCGAGACUUAUGAGAGGUCUAUAUACGCUAUUUGAUGAAGCAAAUUCCGUGGAAAUUCCAGGUGGCCUAAAAUUUCCUGAAUCAUUUAACGAGUUUCUUUCUGAAAUGAAGCACAACAACUAUGAUGCGAAUACAUUUGCAGUCAUGGUGAAGGGAACGAUGGAUUAUAUGAAUAGAGAAGUAAAGAAGGCCAGACUAGCAGAACAAGUGAACAAACAUUUUGCAGCAAUUGGUAUUCCAAAAGGCCUUCAUUGUCUCUCAUUGAGGUUGACAGAUGAGUACUCCUCUAAUGCCCGUGCUCGGAAACAAUUACCACCGCCCGAGUUGUUGCCUGUUCUCUCCAAUAAUUCAUACUACCAUUUCAUUGUAGCUACCGAUAACGUCCUUGCAGCCUCUGUUGUGGUUAAUUCUGCAGUAAGGUCUUCAAUGAAAUCUGAUAUGAUAGUAUUUCAUGUCAUCACUGACAAGAAGACCUAUCCAGCCAUGCAUUCAUGGUUUGCAUUAAAUUCUAUUUCUCCAGCCAUCAUUGAGGUUAAGGGAGUCCACCAGUUUAAUUGUUUGACAAGAGAGAAUGUGCCUGUGCUUGACGCUAUAGAGCAUCACCACCAUGUAAAAAAUCAUUAUCAUAGAAAUCAUGUGGCAGGGGCCAAUAUCAGUGAUAGCCCAAGGGCUUUUGCUUCAAAGCUGCAAGCGAGGAGCCCGAAAUAUAUCUCUCUGCUCAAUCAUCUCCGCAUAUACCUUCCCGAGAUGUUUCCAAGCCUCAACAAGGUUGUGUUUCUGGAUGAUGAUGUUGUUGUUCAACGUGACUUAACACAAUUGUGGGAUAUUGAUCUUUCUGGCAAAAUAAAUGGUGCUGUGGAAACUUGUACAGGAGAAGAUACAUGGGUAAUGUCUAAGCGUUUUAGAACAUAUUUUAACUUCUCUCAUCCUUUGAUUGCAAAUAACCUGGACCCUGACGAAUGUGCUUGGGCGUAUGGGAUGAAUGUCUUCGACUUGAAAGCAUGGAGGAAAACAAAAAUCAGAGAGACUUAUCACUAUUGGAUGAAGGAGAAUUUAAGCUCAAAUUUGACUCUGUGGAAACUUGGAACAUUGCCACCAGCUCUUAUAGCAUUCAGAGGAUAUGUGCAUCCUAUCAACCCAUCCUGGCACAUGCUCGGAUUGGGUUAUCAGGAGAAAACAAAUCUCGAUGACGUGCGAAAGGCCGCCGUUAUCCAUUACAAUGGUCAGUGCAAACCAUGGCUAGCAAUUGGUUACAGGCAACUCCAGCCAUUUUGGACCAAACAUGUAAACUAUUCCAAUGAGUUCAUAAAGAACUGUCAUAUAUUGGAGCCAGCAGAUUAAUUAGUUACAGAGAUGCAGAACCGGAUGAAACGCAGCUUCUGCUAAGUAGAUACUGGACAAUAGUUACUUGUUAAGAUACAAUUAUUUCGUUAUACGAGCCGUGCCGUGUUGGCUGCAACCAGCUAUGGAGGCGCAGCGAUGGUGGCGGCGGCGGCGAGCAAUUGCAAGUCUGUUGAUGGCAGAAGUUGAUUUCAUAAUUUCAGUUUGUAAAAUAUUUAUUCAUGCCAAGGGGAUAGAUAUCUAAGCAUGAUUCAUCUCCCUUAGCAGGAUCAGAUGGCAAAUCAGCUACAGGCAAACCUUAUUGUUUUACCAAGCAGCCAGAAUUUUUUUUAUUUUCCUCCUCUUUUGAUUGCUAGAUUUUUUAGUUUUUUUUUUUUUUUACAUUUUUAUAAUUUUGUAUUCAUCCGUUUAUUAAUUGUAAAAAGCAUGGAGAUCCUUGUAAUUGUGCUCUUAUGGAAUUUUCCAUUGGAGAUCAGGGCUUUGUUACUUUGCAUAAAUGUUGAAAAUGUUAGAUGAUUCUUUUCCUUGUUAUCUGUUCAUAAUUGUUAUCAGAGUUUUCAUAAUAAGCCUUUGCUUUGG